AAAAUAUGGCUUAUGCUGCUAUUACUUCUCUUAUGAGAACCAUAGAUCAAUCAAUGCAAUUUAGUGGUUAUAAUUUGCAAUCUUUUUAUGAAAAGUUUGAAUAUUUGAGAGGUAUUUUAGAAAAAAAUUGUCAAACAACAAGCCAUGCAGAGGCAUUGACAAGCUUAGAAGUUGAAAUAAUAGAGCUAGCAUGUAACACAGAAGAUUUGGUUGACAUAGUAUCAAGAAAAAUUUUCUCAACAGAAAAUGAAAUCACGAGAAAAAUGGAAAGUUGUGAACUUCGUUUUGUAUUGAAACAAGCAUUAGGGGACAUUGAUUUCGCGAUUAACAAGUGGAUGGCAACUAGGUUGGAUGUGGAAGAUACGAAACCACGAAAUUUGGGUAUAUCGGAUGUAUCUGAAUAUGUCUCUGAGCCCGAUGUGGAUGUGAUGGUUGGUCAUGAAAAUGAAUUCGAGAUGAUGCAGGAUCAACUUGUUAGAGGAGGGAGUGAACUAGAAGUUGUGUCAAUUGUAGGGAUGGGUGGUAUUGGUAAGACAACUCUGGCUAACAAGAUUUAUAGUGAUUCAUUCAUUAUGCCUCACUUUGACAUUCGUGCAAAAGUUACUGUUUCACAAGUGUAUUGUGCCAGAGUUGUACUCAUGGGGCUUCUUUCUUGUAUAAGCGCGAAGACUGAUGGAUGUCAUGAGCAACAAGAUGAUGGACAACUAGGCGACCGACUGCAAAAGCUUCUUAAAGGCAGGAGGUACUUGGUAGUCAUUGAUGACAUAUGGACUAAACGAGCCUGGGAUGAUAUAAAAUUAUGUCUCCCAGACUCUAACUGUGGAAGUCGAAUACUCUUGACUACUCGGGAUAUGGAGGUGGCUGAAUAUGCUAGCUCGGGUAAGCCUCCUUGUCGCAUGCGCCUCAUGAAUUCUGAUGAAAGUUGGAGUCUAUUAUGUGAAGAAGUCUUUAUGAAAGGCUUUUGUCCACCUGAAUUCGAACAACUUGGGAAACAAAUCGCGUUCAAAUGCAGAGGAUUGCCUCUAGCAAUUAUUGUGAUUGCUGGACUUCUUUCGAAAAUUGGAAAAACAUUAAAUGAGUGGGAAAAUGUUGCUGAAAAUGUAAGUUCAAUGGUAAGAACAAAUCUCGAUGACCAUUGCUUGAGAGUGCUCGCUUUGAGUUACCAUCACUUGCCACAUCACGUAAAAGCGUGCUUUCUAUAUUUUGCAAUCUUCCCGGAGGAUCAUGUGAUUUUUGUUGAUAAACUUACGGAAUUAUGGGUUGCAGAAGGAUUUUUGAAGGUAGAAGAGACGUUAGGCAUUAAAGAAGUGGCGGAGAAAUGUCUAAAAGAUCUUAUAGAUAGAAGUUUAAUCUUCGCACACCAAUUGAGUUUUGAUGGAAAACUCAAGAGUUGUAAAAUUCAUGAUGUGACCCGUGAAUUCUGCUUGAAAGAAGCUCGAAGCAUGAAUUUUUUGAAUGAUGGAAGAAAGAAUGAUCAAACUACUACAUCUACACAACCAAUGCAUAUCUCCUCUAGAAGUCGUGGUCGGAUCAGUAUUCAAAAUGGGGAAGAGCUAGCUAGGUGUGGCAACAGUGAGGCCCGCGGUAUUUUCCUUUUUUAUAGAUAUCGAGGGUUCAAUUCAGAGUUGUCGCGUUUCAAGCUAGUAAGGGUACUAGAUCUUGCUUUAUUGAGGUGUUCAACUUUUCCUAGUUGGAUACUCGACUUAAUUCACUUGAGAUACCUAGCUUUGACUCUUUCGCCCGGCAUCCAGAGCUAUAUACCUCCAUCACUAACCAUUCCUCAAUCGAUAUCUAGUCUACAUUAUCUGCAAACUUUUAUACUUAAGAUUCCACAUCAUGAGGUCUCGCGGUAUCCUUUCAAAUUACCAUCAGACAUAUUGACAAUGCCGCAUUUGAGUCACCUCUGCCUGGACUGGAAUUACUUGAGUUAUCACGAGCCUUCAGAGAAAAGUUCGGUUCUCAAAAAUUUGUAUAGUCUAUCUGGAUGGAAUCCAUUGUUCUGUACUGGGUCAGUCUUUAGACUAAUUCCGAAUUUGAAGAAGUUGCAGAUAUGUGGCACGCGAGAAGACUUUCGUGAUAGCAGGGACAUCCUCUAUCUUCACAACUUAGAUCAGCUCGAGGAAUUGGCAUUUCGUGUUGCUACACCACAAGAUUCUCCUCAUAGAAAUCAUCUUUCACCGAUGAUCCUCCUACCUUCUCCGGGUGCUUUCCCACAAAACCUUAAGAAGUUAGCUUUAACCUGGACUUGUUUAUUGUGGAAGCAUUUGAACAUUGUUGGUAAGUUGCCCAAACUCGAGUCCCUUAAACUAACACAUGAUGCUUGUGUGGGCAAGGAGUGGCAAACAGUUGAGCAAGGGUUUCCUCGCUUGAAGUACUUGCUACUCAAACGUUUGUGCAUACUAUCUUGGAGAGCUAGUAGUAUUCACUUUCCACGCCUUGAACGACUAUUCAUCAAGGCUUGUUGGUACUUGGAUACGAUACCUUUCGAUUUUUCAGAAAUAACUACACUCCAGCUAAUUGAUAUAAGCGGUUGUGCACAAUCUGUUGUGAAUUCCGCGAAGCAGAUUCAACUGGAUAUUGAAGAUAACUAUGCAAGUACUAUUGAGGUCCAUUCGAAGGAGUCUUGGCAA